AUGGCGGAACUGGAGCGGCAGGGUCAGGGAGCCAGAAAGCGCGCGCGGCAAGCCGGCCAUGUCCCCGCCUGGGGUGACGCGCGGUGGGAUUCGAGAGCCGAACAGCGAUUAAGCGGCAAGAAGGAUCUUUCUGAGGCACGAGCUAUUGUCGUCGCCGCCAUCGAAGAGGAAAAAGCUGCGCGGCGGGCGGAUAACACCCGAACGAGACCGGCGACGUUCCCCGAGCAACGGUUAAAAUGGGUUCCAAGGAAGCGCCACAACUCGCGGUGGCCGAUAGAACCACAGAAAGAGAAAGCCAUUCCGAUGGUGGGCGAGCUACAGCCGCUAGUCGCGCUCGAGGUGCCGCCUUCGCCCGAACCCCUCGAGCCCAAAAUGCAGAUCGACGAGAGUCAAAUGGAGAGCAGGGCGGUGCGCCGCCUCAGCAGGCGUGUUUCGCUUAUCCCUGGAGAUGGGUCGCCGAGGAAGCUCCCCAAGAUCGCUGUAUCGACCGCGAAGACAUCGGCCCCGGUGCUGUCGCCCGCCAAGAGACCGCGAGUGUCGCUGCCACCCACCAAGGUGGCAGACUCUCCGCUCCGGUCGUUCAGGGUCAACGCUACCCCGACGAAGGUCGUCUUGGAAUCACCCACCGCCGGCCCGCCCGAGAGAUCUCCGUCCAGGCUUUCUGGCUCCCCUCUCCCGCCUUCGGAGGAUACCGUCUCUACGCCCGCCAACCAUCCUUCCGAUCCCGCGUCCCCAGCAGAUCCUGCAACGGACGCUGUCCCGCUCGUUUUUGAUCAGCCGACGUUGGACGCGCAAACUGAACCUGAGUACGAGACCCGCAGGCGCCGCUCACUCCACUGUGCGCGUAGGAGCGACCGCGGUUCCCCUGGCGCCUUGCGACUGCUGGCUCUCCAGUCCGGGUGGAAAAGACCCAGCCGCCGACACAGCUCUACCCCAAACGAGCUUUUGUCUGUCGAUCCGCGGGAAGGCUUCAAGGGCAGGCGCCACACGAUGGAUGUCUUUUCUGUUGCGCCUCCAGAGACCCGGGGGAUCGACGCUGGUGACAGCCUGGUCGAGAUCGAUAUGAAGACCAAUCUCGACAUCUUUGGCCUGCCAACGAAGGUCCCCGAGUCAGCACUCCCCGGUCACACUGCAGAUGAGGAUGAAAGUCAGAAGCUGGACCCGACUCUUACAUCCUCUGGAGAAGUCUCUAAUGGGACGGAGGAAGCAGGGGCAGGGGCCGGAGCGGAACACGCAAGCCCCCGUCAGGCAGCAACGAGCCCUGGUAAUUCUGGUGUCGAGACAGGGCAGCUGGCCGAUGCCCAUGCCUCCGAGGACCUGGCAACCUCUGCCCAGGGCGGCCAGCCCGAGGUGUUGUUUGCGCCUCACGACCCCGAAGGCCUCUCGACCAUCUAUGAAGAGUCAUCCAUUUCCGAAGCUCCACGCAAAGAGGAAGUCCACCUCGGAUACAGCACUCAUGAAAAACUCGCGUCGUCGGUUGUGCCGCGCAGAAUCAUCACCAGCCCCGACACCACGACGUCCGCUACGGUUGCUGCCGUGUCGCCGCCGCCCCCCGCCUCAGGACCGAAGAUUGCAAAUGCAAUGCAAAUUGCAGACACAAACAAGACCGCGCUGGGGUUCACGGCUGGAACCCCUCACUCGGUGACCGUUUCCGCCAGCCACGUCGCCCACGUCGCAGAUCCGCUGUCCUCGUCUGAUUCGCCACCGCGCCACGACUUGAGGUCCACCACCGGCCCUGCCAUGCAAGGCCCACGCAAGAGACGUGAUGAAGACGCACAGGGCGCCUCUGAGCGCCCCGUUGUUGUUCCGCGGACAGAUGAAGGAUCGAAAGAGAAGGAACCCGUCAGCUCACCGCCUCAGGUGCCUGGGUCACCAAUCACUGUUACUGCGACGAUGCAAGAGCCUGUCUCAACGCCGAGGGCUUGUCCCGGUGCGGUCGCGGACCGCGUGCAGCAGGAACGCUCCGGAUUCACUCCGAUCAAUGGACGCCAAAUCUCGCCCCCACAUGUGUCCAGCAGUCUUCAGGAUGAAGUCGCAGCAGCGGCUGAACAGGAGUCGGACGAACUUGACGUGGACGAGGUGGUCGAGGAGGAGCUCCAAGCAGUCGAGGAGGAACAGGAUGUUGCUGCUACCAUCGAGGAUGACACCCUAACGAUUAAUCCGCCCCGGCCCGUGAAUGACACCCUCCAAUUGCAAGCCAUGCAAGACGACUCCGAGACGGAGAUGCUGAGGAAGUUUGUCACGCGGGUGACGGCAGAUAAGAACGCCAAGGCGGCAGCCGCCGCCGCUGCUCUCGCGAAGAAGACUGCGCGAGCAGCACGUCGCUCCGGUUCUCUGGGUUCCACUACAUCGUCGACCGGAUCACCAAUGGCCAGGCAGGAGACGAGCAACCCCACCAACAGGAAGCCUCUGGUCGAAAGGAGUGCCAACAGCCCCAGCCCGACCAAGAACAAGCGCAAGCUUUCCCUCUUCGUCGCCGACCUGGAAAAGCCCGAACCCAACUCGAACCUAACCGACGAGCGGUCCGACAACCCGCCGCUCAAGCGGCGGCGCAAGCGCAUCGACCCGGUGCUCCAAGACUCCCUCGACAGCGCGACACCCUCCCCGGAGCCCAACUCCCGCACCACUAACCCCUCCUCCCCGGCCCCCGGCCCGCGCCGGUCCACCCGCACCCGCCGCCUCCGACCCGCGGCGCCCUCGGCGAACUCCAUCGCCCUCUCCCUCAUCCCCGUACGCCUCCCGGGCAUGGGCGCCAUGGACGAUGCCGGCGCCUCGCUCGAGCAGCCCCCCCACCACCACCACCUCUCCUCCGCCGCCGCCAUGGCGCGCCAGCGUGCCGAGGGCAGGGACCUCGCCGCCGUCACGCGCGUCAACACCCGCAAGAACAAGGGCGCCGCCGUGCCGCCGCAGGUCGUGCUCGCCAAGCAGGCCGAGGAUCCGAGCUGGCGGCUGCGGGAGCUGAAGAGCGUGUUCGAGGCCAAGGAGCGGCGGGCGAAUCUGGAGGAUGGGGAUGACGCGGGUGAUUCCGCCGGUGGCGGGAAUCGCGGCGGCGAUGGGGACGGGAGGAAGAGCAGGAAGGCCAAGGGCGUCCGCUGGGCCGAGGAGCUGGUUAGGGUCCACACCGACGAGCCCAGCGUGUUCAGGGGCCUGGCGCGGGGCCUGCUGGCGGACGUGGCGGCCGGCGAUGGCGGCGUCGACGAGAUUGCCGAGGCCGAGCCGCCCGCUGCUGCCGAGCCUGUGAAGGAGAAGACGGCGCGCGUGGCGGCGAGGAAGGCCGCUUCGAGCCCGGGGGCCCCGGCGGCUGCGCCUGCGGCUGCGCCUGCGCCUGUGCCGCAGGUGACGACGAGGCGCACGAGAUCGUCGCGGCUGCCGCCCCCGACGCCGGUCACCAAGAUCGCCGCCGGGGAGAAGCCGGCUGCUGAUAAGAAGAAGGCGUCGGCUGCUGCUGCUGCUGCUGCUGCUGCUGCUGCUGCUCCGGCAUCUACUGCUCCUGCCCCGAGCUUGCGCACCAGGGCGAGGUCCCUGCCCAAGCUUGCCCCUGCCCCUGCCCCGGCUGCCCCGCCUCCUGCGGCGGCGCCGGCUGCUGUGUCGUCAUCGGCAUCGGCAUCCGCAUCGGCGUCGGCUCCGAGGCGGGCAGGGAUGGCGACGAGGCGCACCAAGAUCGCGGGGUUGGGCAUGAGCGCGAACGGCACGCCGGCGCCGAAGCGCAAGGCGCGGACGGCUGUCUAA